AGUUGUUGAAACUCACAGAACAACGCUUUCAGAAUUUUUUAUUUGCUUUUUAAUUUUUUUCUUAUCAAACGCUCUAAGAAAGAUCUUGCCGUAAGGUCUUGAAAGAAAACUCUCCGGGAAAUUAGUGGAAAAUUAUUUAUUUAAUUUUAGGAUCAAAAACUGUUAUUUAGAUCUUUGUGCAAUGACGACAACAACAUAUGGAGAACAUCCCGAUGUUACCUUUGUAUUUCCACUGGAGCAUGGAGCUGUGGUGCGUGCUGAGAGGUUGAAGCUUAAACAAAGAAGUGAAGUAUUCCGGAGGAUGUUUUCCGCGGAAUUCCUCAGCAAUCAACCGAUAGAGAUUACGGAUAUUUCCGUGGACAUCUUCAAUGAUCUCAUGAAGUACAUUUUCAAUGAAUUCAUUCUUACGGUGUCAGUAGCUAAUUACCGAGAGAUCCUCUACAUCGCCACCAAAUACAUGAUCGCCCCAUUGAUCCAGAAGGUGAUCAGUGUGGCUGUGAAUCUCAUGACUCAAUGGAAUCUCGGUGAACACUUUGAAACAUUUGAACGCUAUCAGAUUAAGAAGUUGGAUGAUAAAAUCCAAGAAGUCUUCGAAAUGGAUCCAUUGACUGUAAUUCACAACCUAAAGAAUGGUUCUGAUUCUGAGAUGCGUCUCGUGAAGCUUAUUCUGCAGUCGCCAGUUCUCAAGUGCUCAGAAUACGCACUAUGCGACGCCGUGACCAGAUUUAUGGAAAGAACGGUCGUGCUAUCGGAAGAAAAGAUGGAUAUUGGUGAGGAAAUGAGAAGGAAAUUUGGGAAAAUGAUUUAUCUCAUUAGAUUCCCCGUGAUGAGUCUCAAAGAAUUAAUUCUCUGCGGUAAAGAACCAUCACUUCUGCCAAAGGAUCUAUUUGCUGAUCUCCUACUUUGGGUGGAAGCUGGAGAGUACAGUGAGUCUGUUCAAUUUUUCUCCACAAAAAAGAGAAUUCCCCCAAGUUCUGGAAAUUGUGCAAUUUGCAGUAAAAUUAUACGCUAGAACUAAGAUUUUUUUCCCUACAUAGUUAAGUCUUCUCGAUGCAGAAAACAACAUUCAACCACCUCGAUUAAUUCCUAUAUUUGAGACUGAAUUGAAUAUUAUUAAUUAAUUAAUUAAUUAGGUAAUAUUACUACCUAAACAUAGCAUAUUAUAAAUCAUUAAAAGAAUUUUUUUUUUUGUAAAACUGCUUUAGAAUUUUAUGUGAAUUUCAGGGUAAAAAGCAUGCGUUACCAUAUAGUGUUCCUGAUCAAGAAAAGCAUAAUAAAACAAAGCUUUAAACUUGAUUAAUUUCAGCAUAAAAGAACAUAUUUUGAGCUAAGACUGUCUGUAAUUUUGUAAUCAAAUUUUGAAAUAUAUUUUUUUUAUAUUUACAAUGAAUUUAAUAAAAGAAUUUUUAAAAUGAA